AUGGAUAAAUCAGAUGACUAUAUUCCUGUGUUUCAAUAUAGAGGUGCAUUGUCAGAGGCUGAUGUCGAUAGAAUGAUGGCUGAGGAAGAGGAAGAAGAAUCGUACAGUGAAUCAUUCGUAAAGGAAACAAAGUCAGCAAAGAGAAAAGGUAGACCUGCCAGCGCAAAGACUAAAAAGAAAAAGAAAAGUCAUAAACACAGAGAUUUAGAUGAAGCGGAAAAUGAAGAUAUUGCACCUCUAAGAUAUAGUAAUGAUGAUAAUCAAAUAGAUAAUAAUAAUAAUAAUAAUAAUAAUAGUCAAACAAUUGUAAAUUCAAUUGAAUAUAAUAAUAUAGAUGAUGAUGAUGAAAAUGAGAAUAACAACAAUAACUAUAACAACAACAACAACAAUAAUUAUAAUAAUGCAAUUUCUUUAGACGAUGACGAUAAUGAUUGUAUUGCAAUAAUACCUCAAACACGUUCAUCCACGAGAUCAAAUUCAUCGACUUCAUCAUCUUUAUCAUCUUCUUCAUCAUAUGUAAAUAGUUCAAUAUCUUCAUCGAUAGAUAUAUCAAACAGUCCCGAAAUACAAUCAUUCAACAAAAAUAAUAGUUAUAGUAGUAGUAACAGUAGUAGUAGCAACAAUUCAUUCCCAACCAUCAAUGAUACCAAUGAUGAGAUUACUUUAUUCCUAAAAAUGGUAGGAGAACAACCAUAUUCUUUAAAGAUACGUCAAAAAGAACCAAUUAAGAUAUUGGUAGAUAAAUACUCAAAGCAAUUCAAUUUGGUUGCAGCAGAUCUUCAGUUGAAACAAUAUGGUCUGCCUAUGGAACAUUCGAAAUCACCAAACGAACUCUAUCUCAUCGAUCAAGAUACACUCGAUGUCACUAUCAAAGAGAUUGCUAAACCAAUGGUGAUGAGUGUUGAUCUCAACGAUGCACCACCAAUUGCAACUCAAGCGAUAGACGAUCCCAACAAACUUGUUUUAAUUUUGAGAUGUGAAGGUAAUUCACAUAAAUUUAAACUUGGAAAGGAUGAUACAUUUGAGAAACUGCUAACAGGUAUAUCUAAAAAGAUAAUAACACCACCCAACAAACAGAUCCUAUUGAAAUUCGAUGGAAUGAAUUUGAACUUGAAAUCAACGCCAAACAACGAGGAUAUGGAUGAUGAAGAUUUAAUCGAUGUAGUAUUCAAAUGA